CUUCACUGGUAAGACAAAGAGUGAUACAGAAGAUGAAGAAACAAAUUCAAGACAUGAACACCGAACUAACUCAGGACGCAAAAAAGCUAAGCGACGAUAUUUCAAAUUUUUUCGAUUACAUACAGAGUAACUACGAAGCCGCCUCUGCCAGUUUUCAAAAGGUAGUUGAUUUGGCUAAAAGUAAUUAUAAGAAACUGGAACAACUGAAUGAUAUGGAAGAUAAAUUGUUUGUUCUACAAAGUGAGCUUCGAGAACUGGAGCAACAACUAUUAGAAUGCUUGAUGUGCUACGCUUUUCUCGGAGAAGUAGCUUCUGAGGAUUACGGAGAGAUAGAAAGAGUGCUUCCAAAACAAUUUUUAAGAAGUUUCGGCCCGAAAUUUGCUGAUGAAGAUUUUGUCUCGAUACAAAAAAAUGUGUUAGAAGACAUUUUAGAGGAUAGAAUAAUAAUUGAACCAAUACAGAAGGAUGUCAACUCUGAAGAUGUAUUAAGAUUCUUGGAACAUUUCAAGCACAGUAAUUUCUCUCUUGUGCGUAAUAACCACGUGCGCAAUAACUAUUUCUCUAAUCUGCCAUCCAGCAUCAUAAAUAUGAAGACGGAGUCCUCACAAAAAAUGAAGGACGAGAUAGAUGAAUGGAAUAUGAAGAUUUCAAGAGUAGAAAAAGAUCUUGAAAAGGCAAAAGAAAAAAAUGACAAGCUUGAGAAUCAAAUAAAUCAUUUAUUGAACGAAGAUCCUGAUGGGACGAAAUUGAACAGAGAAAAUGAACUGAAGAAAAUAACUGAGAUAUAUAAACUUUGCACAAACAGUGAAGUACAAUACAUGGACAUUGCGUUGAUGAAAGUAGCCAUAGAGGAUUCUCUGGAUAAUUUAUUUAAGGAGCUUGAUGUUUUUCCAAAGAAAAAAGUGAAGGAAUUGUUGAAGAUGUUAGACGCCGAAAAAAAGUUGAGUGAAAGAAAAGUUGAAGAAGCUUUGAGGGCUCAACGGGCUUUCGAAAGGAAGAAAAAUUUGAUUCAAUCUAAGAAGGAAAAGAAGCGUAUAGGAAGCUGAAUUCUAAAAGAAAAUUCUUUUCAAUCCAAAAUACUUAUUUAUUCUGAGACAUAAAACAUGUGAGAGUGGUUGAGAAAAAUUUCCCAUAUUCGACUAGUUCAACAAAAAAAUUUCAAUUA